AUGGAGAAGUCCAGCAGUGAGGAGUCAGCCAUUCACCGUAGCCCCUCAGUAGAUAGCCGUGACUCUGAUUUUGCUCAAGCUUCCACGUCUGGCCGCCCAUUUGGCGGCCGCGGUUUCACUGCCGGUGCAUUCUACGGCUCCACGGGGCCGCGCAAAAACGCACAGCAGGGUCAGGCAGGAACGGCGGCUGACACCAGCGCAGGAGACAAGACCAAGAACAAGUACAGCUCCCCCAAAGGCAGCAAAUACGUGGUCUUUUACCUGGAUCUAUCCUUUGUGUUCCUUUUAGAAUUCAAGAAGUGCAACAUGGCAAGAGGCUGCCUCUGCUGCUUGAAGUAUAUGAUGUUCAUCUUCAAUCUCAUCUUCUGGUUAUGUGGCUGCGGGCUGCUCGGCGUGGGCAUCUGGCUCUCUGUGUCGCAAGGCAGCUUCGCCACCUUCUCGCCCUCAUUCCCCUCCCUGUCGGCUGCCAACAUGGUCAUCGCCAUCGGCGCCAUCGUCAUGGUAACAGGCUUCCUCGGUUGCCUGGGUGCCAUCAAGGAGAACAAGUGCCUGCUUCUGAGCUUCUUCAUUGUCCUGCUGAUUAUUCUCCUGGCAGAGCUCAUACUACUCAUCCUCUUCUUUGUGUACUCAGAUAAGGUGAGUGAGAAUGCCAAGCAGGACCUGAAAGAUGGGCUGGCUCUUUACAACUCAGAAAACAACAUAGGUCUGAGAAAUGCCUGGAACAUCAUCCAGGCUGAGUGGAAGUGCUGUGGUGUUAUAGCAUACACCGACUGGCACGAGGCCCUCAAGGAGAAGGUUGUUCCUGACCGCUGCUGCCAGGAGCAUUACCAGGACUGCGGGCGUAACUCCACCACCAUGUUCUGGAACAGGGGCUGCUUCGAGAAAGUGGAGGAAUGGCUGGAUGACAACAAGCACCUGCUGGGAACCAUAGGCAUGGUCAUCUUGGUAGUGCAGCUUUUGGGUAUGGCCUUUUCCAUGACGCUGUUCCACCACAUCCACAGAACGGGGAAGAAGUACGACGCUUAG